AAUAAUAGAAGUAAAAGAUUUUGUACAGUGUUUUGAAAUGUAACUUUAGACGUGCGUGUUCAUUUUCGUGCCAGGUUGUGUCGUGCCGUGAGAAACCCAUCUCUAGUACGCACUGUAUUUUCUUUUUACGUUUGUUUUCCGUGGAAAUUAUCCGCUUCGUAUUUCGCACAGCACACAAAUGUACAAACAAUCCGCCGGCCACUCAAAAGCAGCAGCGGAAAUCAAGAGCCCAUUGUCAGCAGCCGGCAACCGGAGUCCGUAAAUCAGCCGGAGGCUCCGGGAUACGGAAUCCCCCACGUUCUCCUCCUUCUCUCUCUCCUUCGCCCACUCCUCCCCCGAUUCGGUUACGGAACCAAUAUCAUUACCGUUAAUUAUAGCGACAGCGGGGCGAGAGCGUACAGAAAUCGCCAUAUAGAUGUUCAAGUUCGUGCUGCACGACGCCGCCACCUACGUGCGAUCCAAUGUGCGGGAGUUCAGUCUGAAUGCACUGCGCCUACUGCCGCAACUGCCUCAAUUGAGUCCAUACGAUGUUAACCUAGUUCUAAGGGAGAACGAGUUCGUUUACAACUUCCCCGUGGACGGAGUCAUCCGCAGCUAUGAAACAAAUCAGCUGGGAUCCAACUCGCCCUGCGAGGAUUCCCGCACGGAGGCCAGUUUGCUGCACCGCAACGGCUUCAUUUGUGGCAUCUUCGACGGCCAUGCGGGAGCAGCCUGUGGCCAAGUGGUGUCCAAGCGACUGCUGCGCUAUGUUUCGGCGGCCACCUUGCCACGCCAGGUGCUUCAGGAGCAGAUGAAGCAGGGUGCCGAUAGCCAGUCGUUCCUCAAAUGCCACAACGACAACGUGGACUUCGUCAGCGAGAUCAAGCCCAUUUACGAGGCCAGUUUCCUCAAGUACAUCAAGCAAUUGACGGAGACACCGCAGCGGGAUGUGUCCAGUGAACUGAUCAACGCCUUCCUCCAGCUGGACAACGGGCUUUCCCAGGAGGCUCUGGCCAGCAGCGAUGUGCGCACCAUGAGCGUAGCACUUUCUGGUGCCGUUGCCUGUUUGGUUCACAUUGAGGGACUGCAGAUGCACGUGGCCAGCACGGGUGACUGUGGCGCCGUGUUGGGCGUCCUCGAUCCCCAGACGCAGCAGUGGCAGCCAAAGAAGCUCAACAUCGAGCACAAUGCCGACAAUAUGUCCGAGGUGCGCCGCAUUCUGGCCGAGCAUCCCAAGGAGGAGCAGGAGACGGUGAUCCGAAAUGGCAGGCUGCUGAGCCAGCUGGCGCCGUUGCGUGCCUUUGGGGACUUUCGCUACAAGUGGUCCCUGGACAUAAUGCAGCAGAAGGUGCUGCCGAUGUUCGGCGAGCAGGCAAUGGCGCCGAAUUACUACACGCCACCGUACCUAACCGCCCGCCCCGAUGUCCAGCAACACGAAUUGGGGCCCAACGAUAAGUUUCUAGUCAUCGCCAGCGACGGCCUGUGGGAUUUCCUAUCGCCCAGCGAGGUGGUCAGCUUGGUGGGGGAGCACAUCAACUCCAAAAAGAUCCUCGAACCGAUGCGCCUGCCGGAAGGCGACACAACGCUGCAGCAAAUCUCCGAUCAGCUGGCCGAGAGGAAGGCUGGUCUCACCCGCAAACCCGUGGAUCAGAACGCGGCCACGCAUCUCAUCCGGCAUGCAUUGGGCGCCACCGACUAUGGGAUUGAGCACUCCAAGAUCUCGUACUAUUUGACGCUGCCCAAGGACGUGGUGCGUCUGUAUCGCGACGACAUCACAAUCACUGUCAUCUACUUUAACUCGGAGCACAUUGCCCAGCUGCACACCGAGGUGGAUCAAACGGGGGUCACUGCGCCGGUAGCGUGAUCUCUGCGAGAGUGCAUACUAUGUGUAUAUUUAACGAGCUAACCUUCAGCCUAACUAGCCUAAGUGUUGCGUUUAAGUUUGUUUCAUUCGCCAUUGGACCUCGGACGACUGCCGCGCCAAAUAAAUCCCACGCGGAAAGCGAAAAAUCACAUAUGCAAAUU